AGAGGCUGAUGUGAUCAGCAGUUCGUCAGCAGAGCCUGUCAGUUCUGACUCUACCUGAGGAGACAACAGAGUCGCUGCUGCCGGCGCGGACCAAGACAUGCUGUCAAUCAAAGUCACGGCGAUAGCGACCACUCUGCUGACUGUGUGUGCGCUGGGCACGAGCUUGGGUUAUCAGGGAUGCUGCCGAGGCUACAUGAAGGGCAAAUUACCAUUGUCAAUUAUCGAAGGUUACACAGUGCAGGACAUUUCAGAGAUGUGUCACAUCAAUGCCAUCAUUUUCCACACAACCAGGGGUAAAGUCUGCACAAAUCCCGAUUUGCCAUGGGUGAUGGACUACAUCAACCGUAUAAGGUGGGGUUUUCAACGAACAACAUGAGUAACAAGUGCACUGCUUUUGUGAGCAAAAAGUAACAGAAUAAACCUCAGAUAAUUAAUUCAAUCAAUUCUCAUUGCAGGUAUAGGGCACACAGCUCACCAGAAUGCAGAGCAGAACUAUAAAGAACACCAGCUCCUUCAAAUGAGUUUCAUCUCAGCUUCACCUGCUAUUCAGUAAACAAGGUGGUUUCCUGGUUUUAUAGGUCAAUGAGCCCCAGCUUGAAAAGCCUACUGUAAAUAGAAAAAGGAACAGAUAUCUUCUCAGUUGUAAUAACACUGUAUGUGUAUGUGUAUUAUGUGUAUUUUUAUAAUCCCAGUAUGUGAAAAA